AUGAUGUUCUCCGGCGGAAUGGCGGCGGCCAAGUCGAAAAAAGACGAGAAGAAGGAGAAGAAAUUGGAGCGAGAGGAGAAAUAUGAGCUGCAAGAGCAAGUGUUCAUGCGAUGGGCCAACGCCAUAUUGGGAACCGAACGACUAAGCGACUAUCGCCAUUUGCACGACUCGUCGAACGCGAUUUUCAUUCUGCAGGCCAUCACAUCGCAACCAAUGGCGGUUCUCGGCAACGCUUCCGACGACUGGCCGACGAUCCUUCAGUUCGUCGGUGACACCAAAACGAAUCCCGCCGAGGUGAUCGAUGGACAACAAAAGGCGGUUCUGUCCGCCUGGUGGCAACUCAUUCAAUUCUUCUGGAAGUGCAACGCUCCACCGCAGCUGAAAGACGAAAAACUCACUGAGGCCAUCAAGCGUUGGUGCAUCGAAGCGAUGAAAGCCUACGACGACAUCGACGUCUAUGAUUUCACCUCGUCAUUCCGCGAUGGUCACGCCUUCAACUAUCUCAUCCAUUCCUAUGACAAAAAAUUGAUCAACCUCUCGAAAACCGCCGACAUGAGCGCCAUCGAUCGAAUCGAGCAUGCGUUCGGAAUCGCCGAACGCGAGUUGGGCGUUCCGCGCUUACUACAACCAAAAGACCUGCACAGCGAGCAACUCGAUUCACACUCAGUCAUAUGCUAUUUGAUGAGCUUGUACAUGUCGAUGAUCACUAAAAGUCGACAAGAAGAAACUUUCGAAGCCCAACAGCAACAACAGCAGCAAGCUCUUCUACUCCAACAACAGCAAUUGGUCCAGCAGACACCUGCGCUCAAAAUGCAUUCGCAACCGUCAACGUCUACAGCGGCGCCGGCUGCGCUGAGUGUUCCUGCGCAGCAGCCUCCACAACAACAACAAUCAGCACAGCCAUCAUCGCAUGCGCCAACUCUCGAUCGUGGUAAGAGUAUGGAGCAGUCUGUCGAGAGCGAGGUGCGAUCGCGAAAAUCGUCGUCGUCGUCUCAAAAAUCGGGCAAAACCAAAAAACAACGACGCGAGGAGCAGAUGAACGAGUUCAAAUCGUGCAUCGAGCAGGUCUUAACUUGGCUACUUGAAGCUGAAGACGAAUUGUCGACGUUGACGCUUCAACAGCGCGCCGAUCUCGCCGCCGUUCGUGCCCAAUUCGCCGACUUCGAGAUGUUCAUGUCGAGUCUGACCGACAGUCAGGAUACGGUCGGACGCGUUUUGCUACGCGGUCAAAUGCUCAGCAAUAAAUCAGACAGCGACGAGGAGAAGGAGGCGAUCGCCGCGAAAUUGCACCUCGUCAAUUCGCGUUGGGAAGCAUUGCGAGAGCAGGCGAUGCAUGAGCAAGCCGCCCUCCAAAUGCAGAUCAAUACACUUCAGCAAAAUGAGCUAACGGCAAUUAAUCAAUGGCUCGACUCAACCGAACUCGAGAUCGAGUCAUUCGGACCGCUGGCAUCCGAUUCGGAGACCGCGAUUCGUCAAAUCGAACUUCAUCACAAAUUUCAGCAGAAGAUUGACGAAUUUCAAGAAACCAUCGACAAAUUGGAGAGUUUUGUGGCCGUGGUCGACGAAGAGAAUGACGCUUCAGUGGCGACACUCGAGGACGCUCUGAGCUCAGUGUCGGCUAGAUGGCAAUCAGUUUGCGAAUGGGCCGAGAAACGCGCAACCAAAUUGGACGGUCUUGCCGAUUUAAUUGAUCGCACCAAUGCGGUGUUCGCCCAAUUAUCAAAUUGGCUAACAAAUCGGGAACAGGACAUCAUGGGUCUCAAAUCAGCACAUCAUCUUGAGGAUGAGGCUCAAGUUGCCGAGCAGGUCAAAAAAUUGCAAGCUGCUGAGUCGCUCCUCGAAACCGAACAUUCGAGCUUCGUGCAGCUCUCACAACUCUCAUGCGAUCUUGUGUCGAGAUUGGAAGAGUCGAAUCAAAUCGCCGCCAACAACGUUCGAUCCAGUUUGUAUUCAAUUACACAACGAUGGGAUAACCUGGUGGCAAGAAUCGAAGAAUAUGGAAAAACGCUUGUGAAAAGCGGAAAAGCAGACUUGAUGCUUCUGCAAAAGCCCAGUGCCUCGACACCAACCAAAGUCGAUGAACCUCCAUCUUCGGAAGGUGUCUCAACGGACACAGAAGUGGAUGAGACGAAAAAUUUGCUCGUCGACAAAUUCUUGAUGCACAUUAGCAAAUUGUCGCACGAGCUCGUCCCACUUCAAGAAUGGUCGGAAAAUUUCACCGUGUCGCGAAAGCCCGACCAAGUGCGCCGAAUGAUGAACACCUGUCAGGAGAAGCUCAUCGAAAUCAAAGAGCAAGAGGCGCGCGUGAAUCGAUUACAGUUGGAGCUCGAGCAUCUACACGCCGCCAAACUCAAUUCGAAGCAGCUGAAGCGCGCCAACGACGCGUUCGAGAAUUUCGCGAAAGGCUGGGCGCGAAUCGUCACCAAAAUCAGCGAGGCGAUGAAUGUGCUCACCGGCCACGCGCACGACGGCGAGGAGCAAGCCGUCGCGGCAAAAAUCGAGCAAUGGAUCGCCGCCGUCGACAAGGUCAUCGUCGAGUUGGCGCAUUUGCCGGUGCCCGAGAGAAGAUCGCGAAUAGAUAAGCUCGAAGCGCAACUAAAAGUCCAAGACAAAAAUGUGAAUUUCAUCAAAAAAGAUCUCGUACGCAAAGCGAUCCUCAAAAAGGGCCUCGAAAUCGCGAAUAGUCGCCUCAACGCUCUGCGAUCCGAGCAACCAGACGAAGAGAAGCGCGUGUCAUUCAGCGAUGAGAGCGCCCCGCAAUCGCCCACCGACGUCGAGAAGUCGGUGUUGGCCGAGCUCGACGGCCAGUGGGCCGCCGUUGGCGACGUCGACGCAAUUCAGCGAGACGUGGUUCGCGCGCAAAACGCUGUUGAGCGGGCGCGAAGCGCCAAUAUGAGCAACGAAAUUGUCGAGAAAGCCGAAACGCGACGCGCCGAAAUGGAGGAACGCCAACGGGUGACGAUCGGAUUCAAGACGAAGGUGGAAGCCGCUGAGUCGACGAUUGCCGAGAUUGAAAGCAUCGUCGAACGGCUGAGCACUUCCGACGUCGAAAUCGCCGAUUUGGUUCGCGGCUUCGAGAAAGAGGCCGAAAAGCUGAGCGGUCGAGCGUCACAACGAAAAGAAGUCGAACGAACCGGCGAGAAGAUUCUGAGUAUGGAGCCCGGCGAGAGUGUGGCGAACGCGACACGCCGAACCGUCGACACUCUCAACAAUCGCUGGCAACAUUUGGAGAAGCUCAUCGGCGAGAAGCUCGAGAAAGCCAAAAUGAAUCAAGAAGCAUUCAUUCAAAAGCGCAUUCGGGAAGGCGAAGAAGCUCUCAGCGAGAUCAAAGAGGCCAUCGAGAAGAAGCGCGAAUCGCUUGACGCCGAAGCCGCCGCAGAGAAUCUCGACAAGCUUGAAAGCUCACUCGACAACAUUUCAUCGCUUUUCGGCGAUAUUGGCACGUUGCCGAUGGACGAUGCGACUCGCGAGAAGCUUGAGAAGCUCGCCAAAGCAAAAGAAGCGAUCACGAGCAAGGCAACCGAAGCGCUCGCUGCGCUGUCGCGAACCGUCUCCGAAUGCGAAGACUUUGAGAAGCAGAUAAUGAUGUUCCAGAAUUGGAGCGCAAAAAUCAAUUUUCUGCUUGUCGCGCGCAAAUCGUCGGACCUCACCGCCUUCGACAUUCCACACGAGUUUCAUGAUGAGCUAGUACGCGAUGAGGAAUUGCUGCCGCGUCUAACGCGCGAGUUCGACGAAUGGGACACGAAACUCAAAGAGAUGGACAAUCUUGUUCAUGAGCGCAAUGACGCGCAACGAAUGCAAGAGCAAUUGGCGCACGCGAAAGACACAAUGCUGGAGCUUCAUCGCAAAUUCCACGAGUUCAAACGUCCCAAAGGUUUCGAGGAGAAGCUCGAGAAGCUUGUGAGCACGCUGGCCACGGUUGAGAAUUCGCUCGACGAUACGACCGGCAUCGAGGGCUCCGAAUGCGGUGGCGCGCUGAUGGAAGUACGAUCGCAAUUGCGCAGCAUCGAUGCCGUCGUCGAGGAUCUCAGAGAUUUGCACGAUAUGCGCGAGCAACUUGUUAAAGAUAAAAUUCUCGAUGAAGACGACGCGAGAGAAUCUUUGAAGAAGCUCCAGUACGCGAAAACCAAAUCAAAAGAGCUAUACGAGAGGGGAUCCACGUGUGUCGAACGUCUUGAAGAUUGUGUCGAAAUGUUCCAACGUCUGAAAAUGGAGUCCGACGAGAUUGAAAGAUUCCUUGACAAUAUGGAGAAGAGGCUUGAUGUUUACGCAGCUUCAGAUAGUCCCGAAGAUGAAAGCGUCGUCAAUGAGCUGAUCUCGGAAUGGAAUCGCAACGAAGCCGCAAUGAACAAUGCCGCGCAUUUGCAACGUCAAUUGAAUGAGCGCGCCGUGAAGCUCACCGACGACAUUCUCAGCCUGAAGCGAAUUCGAGCCGACGCGUUGAAGACGCGCCUCAACUCAUGGUCGCGAACAAUUCAAGAAAUGGGCGACGACGACGAGACAGCGCUUCUCGAGAUCGACGAGCUUCAUCAAACCAUCGAGAAGGGCCUCAACGACGUCGCCGACAAACCGCCGGAGCAGAUUGCCGAAAAAUUGCGAUUUUUGCGCGCCGAUCGCGAUCGUCUCUCAUCGCGCACACGCAAAUUGGCCGCCCGAAAUCCGCGUCUCGCGGCGACGUCGUCCAAUGUGCUCGGCGAGCUCAACGCAAAAUGGGCGACUCUCGAGCAAAAAUCCGCCGCCGGCGCUACCGUCGACGCGCCGCCGCGCCUUCCCAACACCAAAAUCGACGAGGAUGCUCCGUUUGAGAAGAAAGUUGACGAGCUUGUCGCCCAAUUUCGCGAUAUCGCCGCAUUUUUGGAUUUCGACGCGGCGCCGGUGGCCACUGUUGAAGCGUACAAGACGCGCAUCGACGAUCUCGACCUCCAUCUCGACGAGCAUCGACCACCGCUCGACAAGGUCAUCGAAGAGGGCAGAGGGAUCGCUCAAAGGGGAAGACUGGAGCUGCACACUCAUGCCGCUAUUGAGAAGCUCGACGAGCUUGCCAAUAAUAUUGAAGACGUCGAAAAUCGUCUCGACGUCCAUCGCGAUAAAGUCGGCAUAUUAUGGAAUCAAUACGAGCAACUGAAAAACGAGAUCGAAGCGCUCACAUUGGUUUUGGACGUUUUCGCUGAUCGCAAUCUCGAUGAUGUUGCCAUCGCGCAAGACACACGACGAGAAUUGGCCGAACGCGAUUCGGCCAUUUCAUCGCUAACAUCAAGAGCCACCGCGAUUCAUUGCCAAUUGCCCGGAAGAGGUCCGCAGCUUCACGACUCAACAAUGGAUCGUCUUCGAGAUCGAAUCGAGAAGUUGGAGACGCGAUUGACGAAAGGCGUUGAGAAGCAAUCACCAGAGAAAGAGGUGACAGGCUCACACAAAUCAUCGCCGAGUCGAUCAAGUAUGCUGCUGGCGAUGGAAGCCUACGCCACUGGAACCGAAGAGGAUAGCAUCACCAGCGACACAAAGGACACCGUGACGGAGGUUCAGGAAAGAAUCAUCAAUCUUCAAGAGGAGACGUCGGCCCCAGAAGUCGCGGAGGUUUCAACCACCGAGACGAUCGAGGGUCCAAGCGCCAGCGAGGAGACCGAGCGAACCGUGCGCGAAGUGCCCGUCGACAUUUACGAGGAAACUGCGAAUAUUUCGAGCGGCGAUGAAAUGCUCAACACUUCGCCGAUCGACGUUUCCAAUUCGAAUGAUGGCGACGUCGCGAAAAUGUUCGAGGAUCUCGACACAAUUGAGGACAUGCAGACGAAUUGGGAAGAGUUUCCGUUCGAUUAUCUAGAAGUCGCCGAUGCCGAAUUGAAGAGCACACUGGAAAAGCUGGACAAGUGCGAAACGAUUCUUGAGAAGAACGAGAUGCAGCUCAAUGUGAUCCAGAGCGAAACCGCUCGCGACAGAAUCGCGAUGCUUCGCGAAAUGACGAAACAGAAACUCGAGGAGCGUCUGCCAAAACUUCGCGACGAAUGGGAUACGCUGCAAAAAGAUAUUGCCGUCGCCGAAGAAGCGGUGUGCGAUUUGGAGCAGUUCGAAACCGUUUCGGUGCCAAACAUGGACAAGACGAAUACGCCGCAAAUUCUAGCCGAACUUCGACAGAAAGUGGCAAACGCCGAGAAACCCGUUAUCGAUUUGGUUAAGAAGCUCUCGCAAAUCGUCCCGCGAAUGCAGGACGACUCGCCAAAAUCGCACAACGUUCGCAAGCAGGUCUACGACAUCGAGGAUCGCUAUCGGAAGGCGGUGAAUAAUGAGCAGGAGGCGGUAUCGCGUGCCAUGUCGAAUGCGAUGAACGAGAAGGAGCUGAAGGGCGAGCUGGACAAGAUCAACGAGUGGUGCGACAAGGCGAUCAAGGAAGUGUCGCAGAACGUCAAUUCUCUUGACAGCGACGGAUUGCUCAAAUUCAACACAAGUCUGGACGAGUUCGCCAAACAGCUACACGAUAUCAAGAACGAGCUGGUGCGGCUUGAAAUGGCGAAGAAUGUGCUGAUCUCGACGCUGAAAGGCGACGCCCAACACGAUGUUCGCCGCCAUUUCUCGGAGACCGCGAAACGUGUGGCAAUGGUUCGCGACGAAUUGAGCGACGCUCGCCAAUGGGCGACAAACGCUCGCGAAUCGUGCGACGUGUUCUGGAAGGACGUCGACAAGCUGGAAAUCGCGAGUCGCGACGUUGCUCGGCGCGCCAACGCGAUUCGAACCGCGGUGAUCUACACGCCGUCGAAAGAGGGCCUGCAUUCGUGCCUUCGCGACAUCGAGGGACUCAAACAAACCGUCGCCGACAUCAAGAAGCGCGUGCAAACCGCGAAUCUUCCGCCGGCUAUCAAACUUGCAGGAAAGAAUGCAAAACGCGUCGUCCAGGUGCUGACAGAAACGGCCGGCGUCAUCGCCGACACUCACAAUUUGCACACGCUCAUCUCUGAAAUGAGCGAGUCCGGCGGCGACACGACCGAGUCGCGAAGCACUGUCGUCGAAAUGACGCCAACCUAUUCGCACGCCAAACAAUCAUCAUCGUCUUCCGAACAAGCCGAAUCGGUUUCGACGAAUGGCGCCGACGGCGAGCACGAAGAGGACGAGGAAGACGAGGAAGAGGAAGAGGAGAGACGCAUCAAAUCGGAAACGGCGACGCCGCGCGGAAGUGUGCAGCCGGAAAAUGCGAUUGGCAUUCAACUCACCCAUACGAGGCACUGGCUGCACGACGUUGAGCGCGACGCCUCGCUGACCGUCGAUCUAGCCGAAUGGCAACCGACAAGAGAGCUCUGGAAGACGGUGCAGGGAAUCAUCGACGAGAUUCGCCUGCGUAGCGUAUCGGUGACGGGCGCGCACGACGCAAGUCCCAAUCGGCAAGUUCGUCAGCAGGCCGCGAGUCUGCUCGACGAGAUGCGGCGAAUCAUCGAGGCGUGCGAGCGGCGAUGUCAAACGCUUAAUCAAAUCGCCGACGAUGCGCGCCAAAACGAGGACGGCCGAACCGAUAUGGAGCUGUGGUUGCGCGACGCCAACGACAUCAUCGGACAGAGGCGCGUCGAGGAGAUGUCGGAAGACGAUGUUAAGCACGAGCUCGCUUCGCUCGAGGAGCUCGUCGAACAACUUGACGCGCGAAAAGCGAAAAUGCAAGAGAUCAACACACAAGCUAACAAAAUCGUCGAUACCUAUACCAAAGAUGAAGCUCAUAAUCUUAGUCAUCUUCUGAGUCGGUUGAACAUGAGCUGGACCAAGUUCAACGACAAUUUGCGGAUUCGAAGAGCAGUUCUCGAAGCGAGUUUGAGGUCAAGACGCGACUUCCAUUCGGCGUUGACCGACUUCGAAGCGUGGCUCGCCCGACAAGAAGACAAUUGCACAAAAUUGGCAAUCGAGACCACCAAUACGCAAGCGAUAAAGGAUACCGCCCGAAGGAAACAAUGGACACUCGGCUAUAAGUCGUUAAACGCCGAGCUCACCGCUCAUGAGGAUGUCAGAAAAAGUGUCGAAUCGAUGGGAAAACUGCUCGUCGAGCGGCUCGAAAGCGGCCCGGAGAAGGCGGAUUUGCAGCGCCGCGUGUCGGAGAUGAGCCAACGAUGGGAGGCGGUUCGGAAAACCGCCGACGAGAUCGGCGAACGCCUCGAGAAAGCCGAACAAGAAUGGGAGAAGCUCAGCGACGGGCUCGCCGAUCUGCUGGCGUGGAUCGAGGACAAAUGCAAGAAGCUCGUCGAGCAGCAACCAAUCGGCGGCAGCCUCUCGGCCGUCAUGCAACAAUCGGGAUUCGUUAAAAAUUUGGAGCGAGACAUGGAGCAGAAAGGCGCACUCUAUAAGCAAAUUGUGUCAGAAGCUCACUCGUUCCUGAUGCAGCACGAUUUACGACCAAAAUUGCAUUCGCCUCAAGUGUUGGACGACGAUUAUGAUGGCGAUGACCUCGCCGAUCUCGAACAACGCCGUCGCGGUCUCGAAAUCAAUGCCAAUUGCGAGAAGCUCAAAAAGAAUUGGGCCGAGUUAGGCGCCGAUGUUGAGGCAUGGGACAAACUCGUACAGCACGCGAUGCAGCGCCUACAGGAGCUCGAACGAAAUCUCGCCGAGUGCCAACUUCAUUUGACAUCGUCGGAAAAUGAAAUCGAGACGAUGAAAGCGGUGGAGAAGAUCCAUCUGGAAGACUUGAAGAUCGCCCGUGAGGAGACCGACCAAGUGUCAAGACGCAUCGACGAAGUUCGACUAUUCAUUGACGACGUCAAUGAUGCGGCGGCGAGACUUCUCGCCGAAGAUCUCAAGCUCGACGAGCAUGCGAGAGGCCAAAUCGAGCAUGUCAACAAGCGAUACGCCACGUUGAAACGGGCGAUUCGAAUACGGCAAGCCGCCGUGCGGAACGCCGCUUCAGACUUCGGACCGACUUCCGAGCAUUUCCUCAAUCAAAGCGUCAAUUUACCAUGGCAGCGAGCGAUCAGCAAAGUCAACCUGCUUCCAUACUACAUCGAGCAAAACUCGGAGAAAACCCAAUGGGAACAUCCGGCGUGGGUCGAAAUCAUGAAGGAACUCUCGCAAUUCAAUCGCGUCAAAUUCAUCGCCUAUCGAACCGCGAUGAAAUUGCGCGCACUUCAAAAACGCCUCUGCAUGGAUCUCGUCGAUUUGCCAUUGCUCGAAAAGGCGUUCGUGCGCCUCAAAGGCCUCUCGCCGGAAGAGUGCCCGGGUCUCGAGGGCCUCGUGUGCGCCCUUUUGCCAAUGUUCGAGGCGCUUAACGCCAAAUACCCGAAUCAAGUGCAAAGCGUCUCAUUGGCUGUCGACAUUUGCAUCAACUUCCUAUUGAAUCUCUUCGAUGCGUCAAGAGACGGAAUCAUGCGUGUAUUGUCUUUCAAAAUUGCCUUAAUUGUGUUCUCCAAUAUUCCAUUAGAUGAAAAAUAUAAAUAUUUAUUCAAACUCGUCUCCCAAGAUGGUCAUGCAACUCAGAAGCAAGUCGCCCUUCUUCUAUAUGACCUCAUUCAUAUUCCUCGUCUCGUCGGCGAAUCGGCGGCUUUCGGCGGCUCGAACGUCGAACCAUCGGUUCGAUCAUGCUUCGAGACGGUCCGCCUCGCGCCGACAAUAUCGGAAGGCGCGUUUCUCGAUUGGGUCAAAAAGGAGCCGCAGACGAUCGUGUGGCUCGCCGUGAUGCAUCGACUCAUCGUCUCGGAGAACACCAAGCAUCAGUCGAAAUGCAACGUGUGCAAAAUGUUCCCAAUCGUCGGCCUACGCUAUCGCUGCCUUUCGUGCUUCAAUCUCGAUCUCUGCCAAAAUUGCUUCUUCUCGCAACGAACCGCGAAACGCCACAAACUCAAACAUCCGAUGCAAGAGUACUCGGGAAAGACGAGCUCGACCGACGACGCGCGCGAUUUCGCGAAAAUGAUCCGCAACAAAUUGCGUUCGAGUCGAAGGCAGCUCGCCUAUCUGCCGAUUGACGUCGCCCAGGAGGGUGUGCCGUUGACGUGCCCGCCAGCCAAAGUCACCAAUGUCGCCACCGAGCAGCUCAACGCCGACACGGCGGCGAUGGCGGCGCACCUCGCCAAACUCAGCCACGAGAAUCCGAACGCCGAUCAAAUAAUGGAACCCGUACAGUCGCCGCUGCAAAUCAUCAACCAGGUCGAACAAAUGCAACGCGAUGAGAUGGACCAGUUGCUGCAUCGACUACAAAUCGAAAACCAACAAUUGCGAAAGGAGCUCGAGCAGAAGCGCGGCGCGGCGAGCACAAUGGAGCUCGACAAAACGCCGUCGCGACGCUAUCACGAUCGGAUGAGCGAAACGCGCGGCGGCACGCUACCGUUGCGAAACGGCCGAAGUGUGGUGUCGUUGAAGAGCACACAGAGCCAAAACGAUGUGAUGGAUGAAGCAAAAGCGCUACGCCUACACAAGCAGCGUCUGGAGCAUCGCUCACGAAUUCUAGAGCAGCAGAAUGAGCAGCUUGAGAUGCAAUUGCAGCGGCUCAAAAAGGUUAUCGAUGCGCAGAAACAACAAACCUCAGCAACGGGCACUCUUCGAAACACUUGGACACCGGAGCGCGCCCUCUCAGCCGGCGGAAGUGUGAGCGCCGGUCUUGAAGGCCGCACCAACGGCAAUCAGGAGAUGAUCAUCAUGUCGAAUCCAAACGCGACGACGUCCGACGACGAAGCGACUCCGCGCGGCUCGAGCGUCGCCCAAAUGCAGAAUCUCAUGAACGCGUGCGACGAUCUCGGCCGCGCCAUGGAAUCGCUCGUCGUUUCCGUCGUCUACGAUUCCGACGAAAACGAGGACUGA